CAAAAGUUUGCAAGAAAACAUGGCGAACUCAGGCAAGAAGACUUUGCCUUGGGGUUUGUCGGCUGAAGGCUUAACCCCUGGGUCUAUGAAGACUUUGACUGAUAAUAAGCUGAAAGCUUUUACGAGCGGCACCAUGAAUCCAGCCUCAAAGAAAUCUUCCAAGGCCAAGCAGGAAAUUGAAGAUCGAAAAAAGAGAGAUGAAGAAAAAUGUGCUGAAGUGUUUGCUGACUUUGUGGCUUCAUUCGAAGAUUCAAGAGCUCAAGGGAAAACAUUUGUAAGGGGUAGCAUCAUUAACCCUGAGACUAAAGCUGAAAUAAAACCUGAUGAUGCUGGUAAGAUAUAUAAACCAAUGGCUAAGCUAAGUGCUCAAAUCAUGGAGGAGAAGCUUAAAGCAGAAAUUUCACCAAAAGCAGACAUGAAAAAGAAGAGUAAAGAAAAAGAAAAGAAGAAGAGUAAUCUUGAACUAUUUAAAGAGGAACUAAAAAGGAAUCAGCAAGAAAGAGAACUUCGACACAAAAUAAAGAAAGGAGAGCUAGUCGAUAUACCUAAGGAUGUCCUGACUAGCUUGCCUCCUGCAUUUCUGGCACCACCAAAAGAUGAUCCUUAUGCUACAGGUUCACAUGAUACUGGUGACCCUAACACAACCAACAUAUACAUAGGAAAUAUCAGUCCUAAAAUGAAUGAAGAAAUGCUGAUGAAGCUGUUUGGAAAAUAUGGUCCACUUGCAAGUGUUAAAAUAAUGUGGCCUCGUACAGAGGAGGAAAAAUCAAGAAAUAGAAAUUGUGGAUUUGUUGCUUACAUGAGAAGGAAAGAUGGAGACAAAGCCAUUAAGGACUUGGGUGGAAAAGAUAUUAUGGGAUAUGAAAUGAAAUUAGGAUGGGGGAAGGCAGUGCCUUUACCACCCCACCCUAUCUAUGUACCCCCUGAAAUGGAAGAAGACACAACUCCUCCUCCACCCUCUGGGAUGCCAUUCAACUGUCAACCAGAUAAGAAUGCACCAAACGUUGAAGACAAAGACCAACUGGACCCCAAUGGGUUYAAUAGAGAGACAAUAGCCAACGCAGUUGUGAAAGUUGUAAUCCCGAAAGAAAGGAAUCUCUUGGGCUGUAUUCAUCGUGUUAUAGARUUUGUGGUCAGAGAAGGUCCCAUGUUUGAAGCUAUGGUCAUGAACAGAGAAAUUAACAACCACAUGUUUAGAUUUCUUUUUGACAAUCAGUCCCCUGAACAUAUUUACUAUCGGUGGAAACUUUUCUCCAUUCUACAGGGAGACUCGCAAACAAAAUGGAAAACAGAKAAGUUCAAGAUGUUUAUYGGUGGRUCAUGGUGGCAGCCUCCUCCAUGYAACCAGUACACGACAGGUGUGCCAUUGAUUACACAGCCAUUAAUAAAACCAGCAGACAUUGAAAAACAAYCUGAACAGCARCYUCCACCUCCCGUACCACCUCCAAAAGAAAGAGAGACAGUAUCGUCAAGUAGUAAUAAUAGAGAUAGGAAGUCUUUGCUGUCAUCACGGCAACGUGACAAGCUAGAAGACAUGUUGAGAAAUCUUACGGUUGAAAGAUCCAAGAUUGCAGAUGCAAUGGUAUGGUGUCUAGAACAUGCUGAAUCUGCUGAUGAGGUUACAGAGUGUAUUGGUGAAUCACUGUCUCUUCUGGAGACUCCACUCCAAGUGAAGGUUGCAAGGCUUUAUCUUGUGAAUGAUAUCCUUCACAAUUGUUCAGUGAAAAUACCUAAUGUUUCUUACUACAGAAAAGGGUUUGAAUCUCGACUGAGGGAAAUCUUUAUCAACCUGAACUUGUCAUUCAAAGCCAUUAAAGCAAGAAUGAAAGCAGAACAGUUUCGGAAACAAGUUAGUCGAUGUCUUAGUGCUUGGAUGGACUGGGCAAUCUAUCCUCCUGAUUUCCUCAUCAAUUUACARUCAAUAUUUCUUGGUCAACCUGGCAGCAAUACAGGACUGUUUGGUGUUGAUACAUCUCACUUUGAUGGCAAAAACCUCGGUGACGUAGACGGUACUCCACUCAACCUUGAUGGUGUCCCUUUGAAAGCAGAAGAACUUGAUGGUGUACCUUUAGCAGAAAGUGCACUAGAUGGUAUGCCUCUUGCUGAAGAAGACAUAGAUGGUGUCCCUAUGGGUAAAGAUCCAUCCAAAGGUUUAGGAAUUCAUAUUGCUUCUAAAUGGGACAAACCUGAUUGGGAAGAGAUAGAAAAACCAGAGGAAUCCAUUGGAUCCAGUAAUCACAAACAACUUKCUGAUGAGAUGGUAACAMGACAUGACGACGCGUCAUCAGGUCACGACAAGUCGUCGCGAAUAUCUGAAAUUGAUGAAUCGCGAAGACGGAAGCUAAGGGAAAUUGAGCUCAAGGUUGCAGAGUACGCGCAGAAACUUGAGGCGAAAGGAAGUCGUAAAGGUGGCAAAAGCAGCAAGGAUAUACAAGAACAGUGUAAUCAGUACAGAGCUAAACUAUUAGAGGCUAUUGAACCCAAGCUGAAAAGAUCACGCAAGUCAAGAUCGCGCUCCAAAUCACCUUCACGUAGGAGACGUCGAGACAAAUCCGCCAGCAACUCACGUUCUCCUUCUCCAAGUCAAUCAAAUUUAUCAUCGUCACAAGUACUACAGUCUCUUAAAGGUUACGAUUCCAGAAGUCCUUCUCCGUCAAGUUCAUCAUCGCGACAACGUCAUUCACGUUCACGUUCGAGRAGCUCGUCGAAAAGUCGUCGGAAAUCCCGAUCUCGUUCACGAAGUCGUUCGCCGAAAUCACAACGAAAGCGACGGUCAAGGUCGAGAUCCCGAAGCGCWUCUCCAAAGAAAAGCUCGCGUAAACGACGUUCACGUUCAAGAUCAAGAUCACCAUCGAAGAAGAAAAGCAGAAAACGAAAGAAGUGAAAACGAAAUAAUAAAAACAGCUACAAAGUGACAUUUUCAUGUUUUCCAGGAAAUAGUAGUUUGGUUGACUUGUAACGUAAAAAAAACAACAACAAAAAGCCUGGAAACGAACGCUAUCAAGAAAAUGGCUGAUACAUGCGAUAGUCGUACAAUUCCUUUUGUCCAGGAGGUCAUUUUGUUCACAGAAAGAUGUAAUCUKUACAGAAUCCAAAAAUCUUGUGUAUCGAUACAUUUUUGCAUCUAUGAUGAUAAGAAAACGUUUGGUUGACAGAGUCAAUUCAUUACCGUUUUGUAGUUGUAAAGACAAAGACAGUGGGAACAAAAAAGUCACUGAUUUGCACAACAUGUUUUCAUUUUUACAAGAGUUUUCAAAGACGAAGUUGCAAAAUUUUAAAAACAGUUUUAUUAAAAUGACUUUGYUGUCUGUAUCUCUUUUCAACUACAAGACGCUAAUGAGAUUGGCAGUGUGUAGAGAUAGAGGAAGUUAUAUCACAAUGAACAAGUCGCAGCCUUUUCAUUAUCGGGACUCCUGUCCGCUUUGAGAAGGGCAAAUAUUAAAAAUUUUCAAAAAAUGUGAA